CCUGACCAUCCCCGCAGCCAACAUCAGUUUCACCUCGACAAACUUAAAUUAAUCGCCCUUUUCUUGUUUUGCCACACCAAUUACACGUCCGAUCUAUAGGCACCUCCAUCAUGCCCCCGAAAAGAAAACACGCCGACGACAGCGACACGCGCAACGACACCAACACCAACAACAAGCGAUUCGCCUACCUGAAGCCUCACGUCCGCCACAUUCCCGAACGGACAAUCAAAUCCAAAUGGACGACCCUCCCCGAGCCCGUCCAGGACAAAGUGCGCGACAUGUUUCGGUCCCUGGAGCGACCGGUGAUAGUCCGCAACCAGAAUGAGCGCAAGCGCAUCGAGGCACAAGCGGCCGUCCAGGCGGUCGUGAAAAACCUCGGUAAACGCCUUCCUAGGAUGCCAUUCCCGCCGGUGACGAAGGACUCGUGCUUUGAGUUUGAGGCUGCGCUUAAGGAGCAUACGUCGCUGGAGGCUAGCUUGGCGACGACGAAUGACGGGAUUGAUCUUUUGAAGGCGGAGAUUGAGAAGGAGGAAGCUCUACUGGCGCAGGAAACGAGCCAGUUGCAGGAGAUGGAGAAGAAUGCUAAGCGAGCUGAAUCUGAGCGGAAGAGGUUGAUGAAAAAUGAACACCCUGUGCUGCGCACACUCAACGAUGGCCCUCAAGAGAAGAGUCAAGGACAGGCUGGAUUCACGAUCGCAACGGAGAAGGAGCCCCGCACCAUGUUUGAUCAACUUGAGGCGGAUCCUGAAUUAUCGGGAUUGCUUGGGCAGUUGAAUGGCCAUCUGAAGUCGAUGCAAAGCAACACCGCCCCCCUUGCUGGGUUGAAGGAUGCGAUCACCCGCUCUCAUGCUGUCUUGAGCAUGGCUUCUCUUCCAGAGGAUUGAAGCACCGUGUCGAGUGACAGAUUACAAGAACACGGCCGCGUUGAAUUCUCUGUUCGUGUCUAGCUUCAGCUCUUGGGACCUACGAACUUGAUAAAGUACAUCUUAACAAUGGGAAGCCGGCACACGAAGCUGCGGGACAUCGAUGAUAAACUCAGAAAUGCAGGGCACUCUGCAGGGCACUCCCUCCCCCAGACUGUCAUUGGAUAUAUGGCAUGUUGCUCCCAAUCUGUUUGGAAGACACUCAAGCCAUUUGUGUGGGAGUGUCAAUCUCACUAGCAUCGUCGGGGCGAGAUGAUGCCUGAGGCUCCGUGGUAGCAUUUGGUCCGGGAACAUAGAAUGACCACGCAGUCAUGCUUGCAGGCGUCAGACAGGACCUUACCAAGACCUUGACUGGGUCUUUCAUGAACUUCGCUUGUAUGCAUUGCCUGCCAGUGCAUGUUCAAGCUCGGAAGUCCUAGUGCAUAGAUAGUG